ACACAACUGGCAUUUGAACUACUUAUUGUUAGAUGUUAUUAGGAGUAGAAGUAAAGUGCUAGAAGUUAAUAUACUCUGGUUUCUCUUCACGAUUAAAUCUUACGCUAUAAGUUAACAAAAGUUAUACUCAUCAGAAUUUUUUUUUAAGGCUAUCUUCACAUUGUAUUUUUUAAAAAAAGCUUGAAAAUUUAUUUAAGUCAUAAAGGGAUGUGGAAGCAUCAUUCCAUUUAAUUUUAAACUAUUGACUGGAACACAACGAAGUAAGUAAUAUUUUCUCACUCAAGACUUAAGACACUCAAGAGUUUAGAUUCACUUCUUAGGUAGGAGGACACAUGUUUUUAUAUGGACCGUGGAUAAUUUGGCUAAUAUUAAGGACGGCUGCCACAGCGUCUUUUGAAUGUUUAUUAUAGUUGCAGUGAAUCAGGGUUUAGGUUAGGUUGAGUGGUUGAGGGAUCGUUUUAGGGUUCAGGUUAGGCAUAGGCAUGGAGUCAUGGAGAUCUAGGUAGGGUUCAGGUUAGGCAUAGGGAUCUAUGUAGGUUUCAGGUUAGGCAUAGGGAUCUAUGUAGGGUUCAGGUUAGGCAUGCGGCAUAGGGAUCUAUGUAGGGUUCAGGUUAGGCAUGCGGCAUAGGGAUCGAUUUAGGGAUACAUUCGUGAAAUUCGAUAAAAUAGUGGCAGUCGUCCUUAAAAUUUACCAAUAAUUUUUAUAAUUAUUUAUAUUAAUAUUAGUUAGGCCAGAUAUAGGCUUUAGGGGCCACGCAAAUUUUGCCGAUUUUUUACCCCCCCUCACCCCAUCGUGACAAAUUGUCACAAAAUGUUAGACCCGCCCUCAAAUAUAAUGUCACAAAUCUCUGCACCCCCCCUAUAAAAAGUCCUUGUGUCCACUACCGUCAUUUACAAACCCUUAAGAAAUUCAUCUCCCGUGGAUAUCAAUUUAUUGCACCCGUGACAGAAACAUUUCACUAGAUCAGUGGUUCUUAACCAGGGUUAAAAGUAUCUCGCAAGCCUUGAGGUGUGGAAGACCAAAAAUUUGUAUUCAGUGGCGUAAGUGACUCAGGUUUUCGGUCAUUUAAUACUAAAAGCAAAAGCGAUAUUUAACAACAAACUAAGCGACAUUUAAGAACAAAUUCAGCGAUCUUUGAGAACAAACUAAAUGAUAUUUAACAACAAACUAAGCGACAUUUAAACAAACUAAACGAUCUUUAAAACAAACUAAGCGAUCAUUAAGAACAAUCUAAGCGAUCUUUAAUAACAAACUAAGCGAUUUUUAAGGCCGAACUAAAUGAUCUUUAAGAACAAAACAAAUGAUCUUUAAUGAUUUAUAAGAAUAAACUAAGCGAUCUUUAACAGAAGACUAAAUGUUCGUUAGGAACAAACUGAAAGAUCUUUAAGAACAAACUAAUUGAUCUUAAGGAACAAAAUCAAUUAUCUUUAAGAACAAACUAAGCGAUCUUUAUGAAAAAAAAUAAGUGAAUUUACAACAAACUAAGCGAUCUUUAUGAACAAACUAAACGAUCUUUAAGAACAUAUAAAGCUAUCAUUAACAAAAACUAAACGAUCUUUAACAACAAACUAAUGCGAUCUUUAAGAACAAAUAAAGCCAUCAUUAACAAAAACUAGACGAUCUUUAACAACAAACUAAUACGAUCUUUAAGAACAAACUAAACGAUCUUUAACAACAAACCAGGCGAUCUUUAUGAACAAACUUACCGAUCUUUAAGAAAAAAAUAAAGAGAUCAUUAGCAAAAACUGGACAAUCUUUAACAACAAACUAAGCGAUCUUGUACAACAAACUAAAAGAUCUUUAACAAGAAACUAAACGAUCUUUAACAACAAACUAAACGAUCUUUAACAACAAACUAAACGGUCUUUAACAGCAAACUAAACGGUCUUUAACAACAAACUAAACGAUCUUUAACAACAAACUAAGCGAUCUUUAAGAACAAACUAAACGGUCUUUAACAACAAACUAAGCGAUCUUUAACAACAAACUAAGUGAUCUUUAAGAACAAAUUAAGCGAUCUUUAAGAUGAAACUAAGCGAUAUUUUAGAACAAUCUAAGCGAUCUUUAUGAUCAAACUCACCGAUCUUUAAGAACAAACUAACCGAUCAAUAACAACCAACUAAACGAUCUUUAAAAACAAAUUAAGUGAUCUUUUAGAACCAUAUUUUUUAGAGACCUGGUUUAAAAAAAUAAUAUUUUGCAUUAAUUUCCCCCCCCCUCCCCAAUUUUUGCCAAAUUUUCUCCUACCAUACCAAUUUGAAAAAAUUGUAAAGCAAUUUAAAUUACUUUUAUACUAAAAUGAUAAGAUCCAAAGUAUUCUUUAGAUCAAGGGUCUCAAACUCAAAUUAUGGGGGGGGGGGCAGGGGUGGAACCACUAGAUGCUGGCCUGGUGGCAGCGAGCGCGCGAGAAAGAAAUCCAAAAAUCAAUAUCAAGUAAUGAUUUCAAGGGGUUGAAACUCAAUAUAUUGGGGGGGGGGGGGAUGCAGGAGGUAGUGUCUGAAUAAGAGUGGGCCGCAUCAAAUAAUCCACAAAAAGCAAUUACAACUGUUACAAUCUGGUCAACCUUUAUAAAUAACAAUUAAAUAAUUAAGGGAUCUCAAGUACUACUCACUGUUGCCAGAGACCUGGCAUACAAAAAUAUAUAGAGUCAUUAAAAAAAAAAUCAGAAUUAGAUUAGUCGGUGAGAUCGACUGAAACCGUCGCGGAGAGUCACAUUAUAGAUAUGAGAAUGGGGGAAACGGGCCGGCGCAUUUACACUAAACUUUUCUGUCAUGUAGCGGGCCGCAAAAUAUCGUAUUGCGGGUCACAAAUGGCUCGCUGGCCGCGAGUUUGAGACCCCUAAAUUAGAUAUUUAUUUAUUAAUAUUUAUACUUUCCCACAUCAUUUUCGAUGUAUGCAGAAUGUAUGCGGGAACGAAUUUCAAAAUAUCUUAAUGCUUCGGUUUCGGCCAAAAUUCAUUUUUAACUUUCGGCUUUUUUUCGGUUUCGGCCGAAAGUCAUUUUUAAACUUUCGGCCUUUUUUCGGUUUCGGCUGAAAGUCAUUUUAAACUUUCGGCCUAUUUUCGGCCUUGGCCGAAAUCAGAAAAUCACUUUCUGUCGGUCUCUACGUCACAUUGCUUGAGGGUGUCCCCCCCGCGUCACACAUCGUCACAAAAAUCUGACCCCCCCCCCAGGCGCGUGACGUCAUUUAUGGAUGGCCCCUCAUUAAAAUGUAAAAAAAAAAGUAUUUAAUUUAUUUAACCUAGGCAGUGGUUGGUUAACUUAUUAAGCCGAGGCCUAAACUAGUACUAAUUAGGCCUACUAAUAGUAAUAGUAUUAGUAGUAAUAGUAAUUAAAUUACUUUCUAAGUUUGGUUUACUUAUUGACUGUAACUUACUUAUUAGGCAUUAGGCCUACUUAACUGCUAAAAACCACACACUUGUUCAGCUUAUUAAUAGCCUAGUCUUAGAAGUUAACAUACUCAGUGAGUGGACAGCAUAGAUUUAUUUUUACUGCAGUAGGCAUAAGACUAAAUUCUAAAACAUAGAUAAUUUAUAAAAUCAUUAUCAUCAAUCACAAUGUCCAAUAAUAUUGACUUCAAAUUCAAUCAUGAUUGGCUUAGGCCUGCGCCAAUUAUUAGGUCAACUUUGAGCUGAAGCUAGUUGCUGUGAGUGAAGAUUGAUCACAUUUACCAGGAAUGAACUGUUACUGUUGUCAGUGUUGUGCAUAGUACUAUGACUAUAACUGUAUGAUUAUGAUAAUUUAAUAAUACUUAUUACAUUCCCAAAUUCGCAUGAUGAGGUACAUGGAUGGCCCCAUGUAGUCUAUAGCCUAUAGUUAUAAGCCUAGAUAUAAGGAGCCAAUAUUAUAUUUUAAUAUUUUUAAGCCUUGUUUGGACAGGGCCUAUUGUGGCUAUACUUAACUAUAGCCUAAUAAUAAAGCUAUUUAGGCUUUUGCUUAUAAGUAAUAUUUACAUUAAUAUUAUGGCAAUCCUCCGAAUUCCAUUUACAAAUUAUUUCGUAUGAAAAAAAUUGCAAUGCAUAGUGUGUAUUGUUAGAAAACAGCAGAAAUGUCAGUCAUAGCUUUUGCAAAUAACUGUCAUGUUACAAACCAGUCAGUCAGUAAAUACUAAAUAUUGUAAUUGGGGCAUAUCAUUUGCAAAUAGCAGCCAAAAACGUUCUGCUUGUGACUGUUGCACCACUGAAAAGCCCCCAAGUAGCUGGCAAACAGACAGCAACUAGUAAUAAUAAUAAUAAUUAUUAUUGGUCUUAUAUAGCGCGAUGCCCCAGCAUAGGGCUGGGCUAACCGCGCUGUACAUAAAAAUAUUAGCAAAAGAAACAUAAUCAUGACAUUAAAAUAAAAUACAUUUAUGAAAUAAAGAACAGCGUGUAACCAAAACAACAGAACAAAUGUAAAUUCACCCACCCCACCCCAGAACUUUUACAUGGCAAACCAUGGACGGUAGCCAGCAGGAUCGUUUAUCGGUCAGAGGAUGGGGAAUCAGUCAGGGUAGUAUAGUUUAAAGAGAUGUGUUAUGAGUGUAGUUUUGAAGGCCUGGGUGGUUGGUAUAUUGUGGAUGUUUCGUGGCAAAGAAUUCCAUUGUUUGGGGGGCGCAGAAAGAGAAAAAACGUUCACCAUAUGUUUUAGUGUGUGUCUUGGGAACGGACAGAAUACGCAUGUCUGCAGAGGAGCGAAGCUGUCGAAGGGGUGAAUAGACAGAAAGAAGUUCGGUUAGAAAGAAAGGACAGGAAUCCGAGAAAAGGUUGUGACAGAGAACAGACAAACAUGUAGUCAAUGCUUGCCUGUGUAGGGAGCCAAUAAAGAGAGUGGAGUGAUGUGAUCACGUUUUUUUGCCUUUAUAACUAGCCUAGCAGCUGAGUUUUGAACUUUAUGCAGUUUUUCUAUGCAGUGUUUUGGUGAACCUGACAGAAGAGAGUUGCAAUAGUCCAGACGAGAGAGAGCAAGAGCACAGACUAGAGUUUUUGUAGCGCUAACUGUGAGGUAAUGGCGGAUGGAGCUGAUCUGACGAGAAGCAGUGUAUGCCGAAUGACAAAUGUGAGAGAUAUGUUUAUCGAGAGACAUGUUGUUAGAGAGAAUAUAACCAAGAUUCCUAGCAGAGGUUGUAAACUGAUAGCGGAGUUUACGUUUUGCUUGCAUCCUAAGUCCUACAAUAUUUUAUGUGUGAAUGUCCUGGUAUACUGGAUCAACAAAGUCAUGCGUGUGCACAAUGACCGCAUGUGCGUAAAUCCCGUUGUUGAGCUUACUGACAUUUUGAUAUAGUCGCCAAGCUUCUAUGACGAUAGUUGUCCCUGGUAGCACAUAACGCUCGAGUGUUUGUGCAUCUCGAUGGCCAACAACCUCUAUCCAACAUUUUCCACUACCGCAAACAUGAAUUUCAAAACAAAAUGAUGUCAACGACUUUUAAGUAACGAGUAAUCAUUGGACAUAAUUUGGUGCCGGACUUCGGAGGAUUGCCAAUAUUAUUAAUAUUAAUAAUCAGUUUACUGAUGAAACUAUUGUGAUCACCGAGCCACAAAGCACAAAUUCUUUUAUAAAUAUUUAGCAUUAGGCCGGAGUCUAUAACUAUUACGUAGUUACAGUUAUAUAGUUUAGGUAAGCUUAAGGUAAAAAAAAAUGAAAAUAAAUCAGUACGAUAUCCCUAUAAUAAAUAAUAUUAAAUUCCAGGCCUACCUAAAUUGGCCUAUGCCUAUGAUUAUCAUAAAUUAUGCACCUGAUAUUUACUUAUUUAGUGUAAGGGCCUAAGCUUUUAGUUAUAACACUAUUUAUACUAUACUAUAAAUAUUUGAUACUUCAUGGUCAUAGUCAAGUAGGCCUACUAGUAAAUCCAAUCCACUUAAUUUCUUAAAAUGCCAAUGUACACUUUGAUGUAACCCUGGAACUGAUAACAUUCAAUUACAAACUUAUAAUCAUUUUAUGUAAAUGUCUUAUUUUAGGGUAGGGAUCAAUAACUGGGCUCUCUCUACUAUCACAUUAUGACUUCUUAACUAACUUCCUUAUUAAUUUCUUUUUUAACUUAAAAAAUGACUUAGAGAGCUUAAUUUUAAAUGCUUUGUACAUAAACUAUUGAAAACAAAAUACAGAUUUUGUACAAAUUACUUUAUAACUACAGUUUGGCAUUCAAGCAGAUGCUAAAAGAUUAAGAGCCUAAGAAAUCAGAGCUUUUACUUUUUAAUGUUCCUGCAAUCCAAUCUUUUUUAGUAAGUAGUUUGUUUGGCAGUGUUUGCUUUCAAUAGAUGAAUUAUGCUCUAAGUUAGCCUAAUCUUGUUGACGUCUUAUAUGUUAAUAAAAAUGUCUGCUAAAUGAACUAAACAUAAUUAAGGCAGAGAGGAAAACAUUAAAUGAAAAACAGAAUAUAACAAGCAUAUAUUUCUUUAAUAGAUUUAUAAUAGAGGACUUGUGUCAUGUCAAAUCGGCCAGGAAGUGGGCAGUCCCGUACUGCCUGGGAUAACGGAUAUGGAGAUGGUAUACGCAAUGACCCAGACUUAGGCAUGGAUAAUGAGGUAGGAAUAUUUAUUUUCUACUACAGUUAAAUUUGUCUUUUUUAUUUUUUACUUCAGUAAUUGUUUAUUAUUCUUUUUUAAAAAAGAUGACUUAAUGGCUUUUAAAAAAACAACAACUAAUUCUUAAUGUUUAUUUCACUUAAGGUUUAUAUGGUGGGUCAAACUCGCAGUGCAAAAUCCUCCACAAGCCAGAUGGUCAACUCAACUGCUGAUCUUAAAAAAUCUAAUGGCAAAGCAGCAUUUGGAUCUUUUUUGAAGGGAAUAAGAUGUGCGUUAUUUGUUUUUUUCUUAAAGAUAAUAUAAUGAUGUGUUUCACAUUAACACAGUUAACAUGUAAAUAGUCUACUUGCAAAUAAAUGCAAUAUUAUUUCAUAAAUUUAUUUGAAUUAUUUAUUUAUAUAAAUAUUUAUAUAAAUUUAUAUAAAACAGCAAGUUAGGAGCCUUACAUAAAUGAUAUCACUCAAUCUUGUGGGGAGGCUGGGUUACUAAUUUUUACGCUGUAUUUUGUCUUAUUGUGUAACAAUUUGUCAUGGGGGGGGGGGGGGAAAAAAAUUUUCCAAAAUAGGGUAACAUAAUUAAUGUAUGGUCCCUUGUUGCUUUUUACAUCUGUUAUUAUGAAAUAAUUUCUUAUUGAAAACAAGCAAACCCAAAACUUUUAACUAUGGACUAAACUCACUUUAAACAAAUAUAUAUCUGCCUUCAAAGAACGUAAACUCAUGCAGAUAAACAUUUUAAUUUUGGUAGCUCUUGAUAUUAGGCCAAAUAAAUUUGUAACGAUAAUAAAUUAAAUAUAAAAUAUUUUUUAAUCAGCCCUGUGGGCCACUCGUCAGACUGAGGAGACUAACACUAACCGGGAGCUGUAUGUGAAGACAACCCUGAGAGAGCUCAUCAUUUACAUUGUAUUUCUUGUUGUGCUUUGUGUCAGUAAGUUAACGGAGAUGAGUAUUGUUAAACGUUCUUAUUAGUUACUAAAUCCCAUUGAGAUAAUUUCAUGUAGCUUGUUGACUCAGUAUUUCAUCUUGAACAACUAUUUAGUUAUCAUAAUGACAUGUAAUAAUAAUAAAUUUUCACUGUCUGCAGUUACAUUUGGCAUGACAUCAACAACAAUGUAUUACUACACAAAGGUAAUGAGUGAUCUGUUUCUGGAGUCAAAUUGGGAUGAUAGUGAUGGAAAUUUCCAAAGUGUGGCUAGUGUUGAAGAUUUUUGGAAGGUUGGUGACUUAAAUUUACCUCUAUGUUUGUUACUAAUUUUGUUUUAGAUUUCAGAGUUUAAAUUAAUUAUUUUUUGAAAAUGAUUAUUUUGAUCAGCUUACAAUGAAAUAGUAUCCUACUUCAAGAAAUGCUCUGAAAAUAUUUUCCUAUCAAAUGAUUUUAAUACUUAUAUUGUAAUUGGUGUUAACUCUUAAAUAAUGUUUUUAAAGUUUGCUCAAUUUUUUUUCCCUACCACAACUCAAAAUUUGUUCUAAUCAGAAGUAAAGUUUUGGUUUAAAUGUAAUUGCAAGAAAAUUAAGGAAAUGAUAGCAAAUGAAAGAAACUAAAGACUUAUUUCACAUUGCAGGUGUAAGAAUCCUCACUUAAAAUGUACCAGUUUCUAAAGCUGAUAAAAUUAAAAUUGGCUUACAGUAGGCAAAGAUUUUUAAAAAUAAAUUUUCUAACCGCUUAGGAUUUAUAAUUAACAAUGGCAUUUAAAUAAAUCGGAUGUGUGCAUUUGUUUUUAUUUACACAGUUUGCAAAAGGUCCUUUGAUUGAUGGCUUGUACUGGGAAAAAAAUUACAACAAUGAUACCUUACCUGCUGAUGAAAUGGGAUAUAUUUACUACGAAAAUAAGCUACUUGGUGUGCCACGGAUUCGUCAGCUCAAGGUUCACAGCAACUCGUGCCAGGUAAUUUGAGUUCUAAUUAUUAAAAACUAAGAUGAGAAAAUGACCAAAGAGGUCAAGAAUGGUAUGAAAUCUCUAUUUUUUUUUUGUUAGUUAAAUGACAUUUUAAAGAGUUAAACAGGAUACUCCACUUUUUGAAAUAUUGAAGCUUUGACACAGCACAUAAAAUAUUAGUUGAUGAGAAGAAGCAGCUACAGAUUUUUAAAAAUUGUUACGCUCUUCCUUCUUACAUUUAAAAACUCCGGCAGUAGGUGCAGAUCAGGGUGCCAUUUUUCUGGAUUUCCGGAUUCGUGAAUAUUUUUGAGCUCAGGAUUCACACGUUUUUAUUUUCUCUCGCUCCAGAUUUGCCAGUUCAGUUUAUUCAAAUAUGGAUUCUGUCUGGGUUUUAAAAAAAAUUCAAUGUGUAAGAUGCACGAAAGCCUUUUAAGUAAGAUAGUGUUCGCUAUAAAUUAUAAAUAGAACUGAUACUGCCACCUCUCACUUUUGUUUGAAAGCCUCUACUUCUCGCUUUUGUUUGUAACAGGGUUCCCACGCUAGUUGGGAAUUCAUUGAAUAAUUUCACCGUUUGUGAAAACCGGGAAAAUGGGUCUUAUAGUAAGGAAAUUUUCCGGCUAGUCUGGAGUUUUUUUUAUUUGUAAAAAAUAAUAAUAAAUUUGGAUUCCAUGAAAAUUGACGUUAAUUGCAGAUGUCAUCAAUUUUUGCCAAAAAUGCUAGUGGUUUCCCCUUAACUGCGCACGCGUUUUGAGCUCUACAAGUUUCGAAUCCCAUACUACUUCGAUAGACCAGAAAUAUUUCUUUUCUGUUCACAUCGCCAAUCAAGAGAUGUUUGACUGUUUGAAGUGUUUGAGGUAAGUAAAGUGUAAAAUUUAGUAAAUAAUUUUUUUUAUCUAGUUUUCAGUUGUUGGGUAACCAUUGUUAUAACUAGAAAACUACUCGUCCAAGUGCUGUCUACCAUGACUAACCUUAGCGUACUUUGUUAUGUCCUCUUAGACUUAAUAAAUUGAUUUUUAAUUUUUAAUUGUUUUACUGUAUUUAGGCGAAAUGAAUUUUUUUUUUUUGAGCUAGGCAGCUUUUAACUUUUUAAUGACUUCUUAAGUUCACUUAACAUUUAAUUAUGAAGUACACCUUCUAAAUUUAAAUAAGGCUAAUAUGAUUAAGUUAUUUUUAUCCAUUCAGCAGUGAGCCUAACAUAACUAUAUAAAGUUAGUCUUUAUUUAUAGUUAUGCACUCCUGUGCUCUAAGUAUUAAGUUUUACAGUAUUCUACUAUUAUUCAUAUUCAUAAGCAGAGUGGCGUAGGCAAGGUUUGUUUGUUUGUGUUGGGGGGGGGGGGGGGGUGGGGGGGCCCAAAAAUAGGGGGUGGGAGUUAAUCAAUGAUCCGUUCUCCUGCCGAAAAUCCUGACUCUGCAGUUUCAUGUGCUUGUGCCUAUCUUUGUAUCUCUUCUGACUCUGUAUUACCUUAGUUUAGUACAGAUAUAAUAUAGUCUAUAUGAUUUAUGCCUUACUAUAAAUUAUAAAUGUAAUAUAAUAAUAUAUUUUAUUUUGUUUCACUAUUCAGGCUCAAUAAAAUAAUGUAAUGCCCAACAGUUCCUUUAAAGACUGAUGGUCAGGGCAGCAAUCAUGAUUGAACAAGUCAUCACUGCUAUACUAUGCUGUAAAUAUUGAUAUCAAGUAUUCAAAGGGAAAAUGUUUAAAACGUCAAUCAUCUUAUGAGAUCAGUUUUAUCACCUAUGUUAGGUGUCCACUUCUGCAACUUCUCCGUUGCUUCCAAUUUGUGUGUCAAACUAUGACACUUGGGAGAUUUUAUAGACACUAAAGUGUGUUUGUGUUGACUCAAAAUAUCCAUUUUCAUCACAAAGAAGAGAGCAUUAACUCCAUAUGAGAAAAGAUGCUUUCCACUUCUGGUACCUAUAUGUUCUAAAAUGCCCGGAUAACAACACAUUGCAGAAGUUGACUUAUCAAAUGAAAAAUUGCAAUUGCUAGGAAAUGUAAUAAAUAUUUACAUGUAUACACCGUAAUUGCUUAAUUUUGUUAAUUUAUGAUGUAUUUCAAUGUUGUUUUUGCUUUGUCAAUUUCAUGCAUGUUUUUAUAUUGAUCAACAAACUCGCCGCGUUGUGUUCACAUUUAGGAAUUUUGAUUUUCAUUAAGUUUCAGGGGUUGAAAAAUUAGUAAAUAAAGUUUCCAUAAAUUUUUAGAAAGGGAUUUCAGGGUUCUGAAUUCACGACCAUCCUCUUACAAACAUUGAUGAACAAAAAUACCCUAAAAACUCAAACCCACGAACUAACCCCACAAUUUGACCUUGCACGAAACCUCUCACGGUCAACAACUUUUCAUAACAACCAUUCACACUCCCAAAUCUAGUUCGUCACAAUUGUGUUUUUUAAGUUUUUUUGCCAUAAAUUAUAUUUAUUUUCAGGUUCAUGAGGAUUUCCAGAGCUUUAUUAGUGAGUGCUAUGACUCAUAUGCACCUAGUAUUGAGGACACUCAGCCUUUUGGAAAAUAUUUGGAAAGAAAAAAUGAUACAGCGUAAGUUAAUGAAAAUAUAUAGCUUAAAACAAGUUAUUAGACAUUAAAUAACUGGUGUUGACAGAUCAAAAUGUUAUUUUGCUGCUUUGUGCCUAAGAAAAUGUAAUAAGACGAGCAGAAUUAGAUACAACUUUCUUUGUCAGUUUUUUAUUUUAAUAUAUCACCCUUUUGAAACUUAUUUCUAAACAUUUACUAACUUAAUUAUUUAACAAGGUAUAUGGCACUUAUUACUUUCAAAAUCUCAAUAUCAAAAUUGUAAUUUGUUACUCUUAAAAUUUCCCUUUUAUAAAAAUAAAAUCUUUUACAUAUUUCCUUUGAAGUGCCCUCAACAAUUUCAUUUAGCCACACACCAUAUCUUUUUGAAGUUAUACAUUUUCUUAAAUGAAUGUUUAUCAUUUAUUGUCAGUUAUACUAUUUGCCUGCAGAUGGCGAUACUUCACAGAGUCUCAACUUGAGGGAUCAUCCCACUGGGGCACUCUGAACACCUACAGUGGUGCAGGUUAUAUACAAGAUCUUGCAACAACAAAAGAUGAAUCGUCGCAGAUAGUUGAAGACUUGUUUGACAACUUGUGGAUUCGCCGGGGGACCAGGGCAGUUUUUAUGGAUUUCUCUGUCUACAAUGCCAACAUUAAUCUCUUCUGUAUUGUGAGGUAAAUAUUUCUUUCAACUACCAUUUUUAAAACCAAGUGUGAUGGAUGUCAAGAAAAUUUCUUCACAUUCACAAUUUAGUAUUGUGCUUGCUAAUAAAUCAAUGCAGAGCUUUGUUACUAUAGCUCCAGAUUAAGUAAAAUCUUUCUUAAAAUGUAAAAUCUUAAACAGCAUCAUGACAGAUUCAAUGAUAUUAAUUUGCAGAUGAAAAAUUUAUUGAAGAGUAUCUCUAAUGGAAAUUGUUGAAUAAUUUUAACAGUUUUAAGGAAACAACAAAUUUGUCUCAAAUGAUGAGAAAAGUUCAGGAGAAAGGUUUUUAAAAAAAAUGGAUGAAAAAAAUAAUUGGAACAAUGCUUCUAAUUAGCUUAUCAGCUUGAGGGGAAAAAAAAGAAGUCCGAGCAGUUUCCCAAACUUUUAAAGUUUGGUGGACACGUUUCAAAAUUGCACCACAGAUCAGUGCCAUAUUUAUUAAUUAUAUAUUUUUCUUAUUUGACUAUAAAUAUUUAUAUUGUGCGGAUGGUCAAUGUAAGGCUUGGGAACCAGCUACAUAAGGCUGAUUUAGAGCAUAUACUUAAAGUAGCUUACUUGCUUCAAUUGCUGUGAAGUAAUGGCUUGCACUAUUGAUUCAGGAUUUGCCUCUUCAGCAUGAAAUAAUGAGCUGUCAUCCAAAAAAAUUUUUUUUCAGGCUAUUGGUUGAGUUUCCUGCUACAGGAGGAGCCAUACCAUCUUGGACUUUCCGCACUGUAAAAUUGAUUCGUUAUGUGACAGUUGGUGAUUACUUCAUAAUGGCAUGUGAAAUAAUAUUUUGCUUGUUCAUCCUUUAUUAUAUGGUUGAGGAAGUUUUAGAGGUAAGAAAUCUAUCGCUACAACAGAUUUUUUGUAUAUUUUGAAUUUUAAAGUCUAGUCUCUGUAAGCUUAAGAAAUUUAAAACUUUCACCUACAGCCAAAUAUUUAGUCCAAUAAUUUUUAAUCCAGUGCCUGUGGUUGACAUUUAGGAAAUUUAAUGCGAACAACCUAAAUGUAACAAAAAACCUAAUUAUAUCUAAAUGUAUAAAAAUAAGUAUUGUGAUCAUUUACCAAUCGGAAUCUCUACAUUUAAUCUCAAAUUUUGAUGUGCAGCAACAAAAACUCACUGGCUGUAAGUUUUGAUGCAUUGAUGACUCUAUUUGGAAGACCUAUUUUAUUUUAAAACCUAUGUUCAAUUAAACUUUUGGAGAGUAUUUCAUCUAAAAAUACAUUUGUCUUUACAAAGGGUGCCUGUUGGUUGUUAUUAAUGUUGCAUAAAUUUUAAAAGUUGUUUGCCAAUUUGAAAUUAAGUGCAAUGUUAUUACCCCUUCCUAGUUUCCUACACAAUCCAACUGAUCUAAGAAAACCUUGUAUGAGAAAAUUUAUCUAAUGUGAAGUUAAAACUCACUUCAUAAGUCUAUUUUUACUUUUCCUGUUAAACAUUAUUUUAACUAAUAUUUUUUAAAGUCAGUUAUGGCUUAAUGAAACAAGGUGUAACAUACAGGUUCAAGAAGAGUUAAUAUAUACAAUGUGAUGCAAUUAUUUCCCAGAUGACGUAGCUUUAAGUAGCUAGUAAAUGAUAAAUUUAAGGUUUUCAGAACUAUUCUCACAUCUCCUUUAACCAAUUUAUAGAAACUGAGAAAUAUUUUAUUUCUGAUAAUGUCUUUUCUUGAAAGAGGAAACUCUACAAUAAAUAGUAAAUGUUGAGGUUGAUUAUAUCUUUUGAUUCUUUUUUUAAAGAAAACCACAUUCAGUUUUGUUUUAUACUUGUUAGAAGAAAGUUGUUAGUUUUUCACAACUUUUAAAUUAAAUUAAAAACAUUAGGUAUUAGAAAUGUAUUUAUAUAUUUCAUAAAUCCUACAUCAGUUUUAAUUGUCUAACUUUUAUAAAAUUGUGAAAAAUACUUGAUCUUAAUUUUAGGGCUGUAAUCAUAUGGAAUUUUUUUAUAACAAAUGACAAAUCUAAAAUUAGAAAUGCCAAUUAUAAAUCGAAAAAAUUUUUUUAAACAUUUUUUGGUGAUGUUUUCAACAUUAAACGUUCAAUUAUAAAAUUAGGAUAUCAAUUAUUAAAAUAACCACAUAAUCACAUUUAGUUAUAUCUCAAACAGUUUUUAAAAAUCUUUUUUAUUGACUUCCUUAGAUAAAAAAGCACAAACUAAGUUACUUCAAGAGCUUCUGGAACAUUCUAGACAUCCUUGUCAUCAUCAUCUCAAUUGUAUGCGUGGGUUUCAACAUUUACCGCACCAUAGAGGUAAAACUUGAUAAAUCAGGGUUUUUAAGUAAAUAAUUUUAUCUCAAUAUCUAUCCACACCAUUACUUGAGUACGAUUUCUUUGUAAGAUUUUAUAGAAUAUUAUAGAUGAUCUUAUAAAAUGUUUGGUAAAAGUUUUAACAGAAGAUCAUUUACCAAGUCUAUAUGUUUGUUAAAAUAUGGGGGAUUAUGCAACAUCAUUUUCGCCAUCCAUAAAGAUUGGUUUCUUUCAUCAAAUUCUUUACAUCUUCAUUUAUCGUAAUCACACAGAACUGAACAUAAGUCCCUUUUCCAAGAACAAUAUAAACUUUAUUCCAGACAGGCUGUACAAUGAAUCAAGCACAUACUGUAUAGCGCAGCUGGCUAUAAGUAGAAGAAUAUAGCACAACUUUCUUCCCCAAUGUUUUAACACCAAAUGCCAAAUAAAUAGCAUGAACACCAACAAAAGCAUUCAUUAAUUAAACUAACACUCAAGACACACCACACACAAUAAAACACAAUAUUCGGUGCGCAUCAAUUACCAGUGAAUACCCAUACUGACAAUCAUCAUCAUCAUUCAGAUCUAGUACACAUCUGGGCAUGUGUCCUUCAGCCCCAUGACAUGCAUAAAAUUAUUCAUCCAUUUUGACAAGGUGCUUGAAUCUCCAGCCUGUCAAUUGUAAUUUAAUUCAAUGAAAUACAUGAGCAUCAACAAAUGUAUGAGGAUGCAAUGCAGUGUAAUUUUCAUUGAAAAUAGAAUAUAGCUCUGUAAGAAUACAAGAAGAUACAAAAUACAGGAUUCUGCCUAUCAUUACAUCCUCCAUGAUUCUUGAUUUUGAAAUGUAUUAUCAACAAUAUAUUUCAUCAAUCAAGUUAUUUAUUAUAAAUUGUUCAACCUAAUUUUAAAAUUUAUGAUAGCGUUGAUAUUUCAUGUUUUGGUUUUCUCAUUCAGGUCAAUGAUAAGCUGACAGCACUGCUUCAGAAUUCCAAAGUUUAUUCUGACUUUGAAAGGCUGAGCUACUGGGAGACAAGAUUCAGUAAUGCUAUAGCCAUUGCUGUCUUUAUGGCAUGGAUCAAGGUAAUUAUAAUGUUCAUCAAGUCUGAUGCUCAUCCAUUCUUGUACACAUUUGGACAUUGCAAAGUUUUUAGCUGUUAGUUUUGAUGGUUGAUAAUUAUGCACGUGGCCAUUCAAAAGCAAAUAAUCACUCAUUUGCUAAUAAAUGUUCACUGAUUCAUUAUUCAGAUUUUAAGCAUGCAUAUUUUUUGUUUCUCAUCUUUACAUUUGUUCCUGGAAAUCAACUUAAAAUCAGUUCAUGGAAUCAACUUUAAAUCAGUUCAUGGAAUCAACUUUUUAAAGUCAAUUCCUGGAAACGAAAUUUUAAAAUCAUUUUGACUUAAAUAAAUACAGGUGAAAAAACAAAAACUUUCUUGACCACAGUUGGCCAUUACUCUGUAAAAAGGUUAAUGAAUGCUCAUGCACGAUUUAUAGGAUGUGACUUUACAUUUAUCUUGACUUCUGUUUCAGAUUUUCAAAUACAUCAGCUUCAACAAGACAAUGACUCAACUCUCCUCCACACUUGGACGUUGUGCUAAGGAUUUGGCAGGGUUCUUUGUAAUGUUCAUCAUUAUAUUCCUGGCAUUUACCCAACUGGGCUACUUGCUGUUUGGCACUCAAGUAGAGGACUUCAGCAGCUUUGAAAACGCAUUGUAAAUUACUUUUUAUGUUUUGCAAAUCCUUCAAAUAAAGCUUAUCGAUGAUAGGCAAUUAAUAACCUUAUGUGUGUAAGGAAAGUUAAGAAAAAUGGAAGUCAUGCUAAAUUUUAAGAUUGCUGUUUUGUUAGGAUACAUGAUAACAUGACAAUUUUAGAGUUUCUAAUUAAAAAACGUUUCCAUAAAGUAUAAUUUUUACAUUUCAGCUUUACUCUGUUCCGUAUCAUCCUUGGAGACUUUGACUUCCAUCAGUUGGAGCAGGCCAACCGUAUUCUUGGUCCGAUCUUCUUCAUGCUGUUCGUCUUCUUUGUGUUCUUUGUCCUCAUCAACAUGUUCCUGGCCAUUAUUAAUGACACCUAUUCGGAGGUCAAAUCUGACAUGGCCAAUGCCAAAAAUGAAUUUGAGAUUGCCGACUACUUUAAGAGAGUGAGCUUAAAUUAAUUUCUUUUUAAAUUACUGAUAAAAACUUGAUAUGGAUCAAUUUUUGUUAGGAAAAUAUGGUUCACAUAACUCCAUCUUUGUUCAUCAAACUAAGGGAUUUUUAUAAAGCUUGUUAAAAUCAGGGGUGGAACAUUUACUGCACUUGAUUUUGGUUCCAUGAUAUGAAUUUCAACCUUAUAUGCUACAAAUAGAGUUUAUCAUUCCUAUUGAAGUGUCAUCAAGUUAAGAUUGUGUGAUGCUUAUGAAAUAUGAAAUACCAUCAUAUCGUAUCGUCUCUGCUUGUAACAUUAGUUUAACAUUUUAGAUACUACAAUGCUGUGCAGCUUUUCAUUGCAGAAAUAUUAGCUUUAUUAAAAAUUCGAAAAUAUCUUUCAUAGGGUUAUGAAAAGAUGUUGGACAAACUCAACUUCAAGAGGGAUAAGAUUGUGGAUAUUCAGAAGGCCUUGCGUAGCGCUGACAUAAAUCAGGACAAACAGCUUGACUUUGAUGAAUGGCGUCAAGAUCUCAAAUCGUAAGCAAUAGCCCAUAGUGCCAUAAAGCGCACACAUUUCUAUCAGUUUGAAAAGGGACCACUCAUUUUCAUAAAUGUUAACACCAAGAAAUGUGAAGAAAGAUUUUGGAGGAAAAAAUAUUAUGUACCUAAUAAAACACAUUGAUAAUGAAAUACAGCCAAUGGAUAAUCUGUACGAUUGUGCCAUUUGGGGUACUGACGAAUGACUAAAACUGCUAGAUGAUUAUAGUGUAUAUUUUUUGAUGAUUAUAGUAUCUACCCAAAGCUUUCUUUCAAGUUUUGGAAAGUUAUAUUUUAAAGACUUUACAGAACAUCUACCUAAAGUAUGUUUAAAGUUAUAGUGAGUUUAUAUUUCAUAGACUUGACCAUGGUGAGCCUAUUACCUUAUGAGGAUACUAUGAUGUGGAUUGUGGAGUACCUACUUAAAUUUGUGUUUUAUUUCCACUUCCAGACGUGGCUAUGCUGAUGGUGAAAUUGAAGCUAUGUUUUCCAAAUAUGACAUUGAUGGUGACAGGGUACUGGAUGAGGAAGAACAAAAAAGAAUGCAAGCAGACCUGGCUGAUCAAAAAGUACAUUUUUUUCUCUUAAGUCCUCAAAUAAUUUCAUUUCAUUAGGUCAUUAACAAGUUAGUGAGACAAUAUUUUCCAAACUUUUUAUUAAGUAAAGCAAAAUCGAUAACUAACUUCUUAUUGGCGAAUGUGAAUUUAUUCUACAAAAAAUAUUAUUCAUUUGAAUGUUACAUUGCUGUUUAUAUAAAUUUUCCAAUUCAGGCUGCCCUCAACAAAGAAUAUGAAGACCUUGGUGGUAAAGCAGAUCGCCCAGGAACAGGGCGCCGCUCUAGUAGUCGAGCAAGUUUUAAUGAAGGGGACAGUGGAGAUGACAGUGAUGACGAAGACAGUGGUACCAAAUCCUCCCGCACUGGGCGCACAUCCAAUGGGGUUUCAUAUGAAGAAUUUACUGUAUUGUCCAGGAGAGUUGAUAGAAUGGAGCACUCUAUUGGAAGCAUAGUUUCUAAAAUUGAUGCGGUUUUAGUGAAAUUGGAAGCUAUGGAAAAAGCAAAAUUGAAACGCAGAGAGACAAUGGGAAAGAUUUUAGAUAGCAUUACAGAGGUGAGAUACGUUUAUUGCUGAUUAUUUGUCUUUAGUUUGGUAAAAUUAAUAUAAAUAAAUAUAAUGAUCAGAUUUCCAUAUAGAUGUAGAGUGGCCUAGGGUCGCAGAUUUAAGGUUUGGCAAAGAUCAUCUAUAUAGCAAUGAUAGCCCAACACUGACAAUUCAAGUGGAACUGGACCAGAACUGAUGAACAGCAUCACAUACCAUGACAUGGAUGAUAUUUAAAGUUAAAAAUUCACGCAAAACGUCCUUUCUACAUUGCAAUAAAUAUUUGGAUAGACAUUUUAAAUAGAAAAAUUUUAGUCUUUCUAUGCAGUUUAUAGCUUACACAAAGGCUUAAAAAAUAUUGCCAAAAAGUUGGGCGUUAGAAGACAAUGGUCUAUACUUUAGAAAUUACAAUUCUGAUACUGAAUUAACUUUGUAUAUUCUGACAAUUAUACUAUAAGAAUAGAUUUAAAUUGCAGUGACUGUAAACAUUUUGAUGGUCAAGUCUCAUUUUGAAUCAUGUUGGAAUGUAUUUUUACUUUUUUAAUGUAUGAAGAAACUUUUGAUCAGUUGGAAAAUUAUCUGGCUUUUUUUUUUUUCUUAUCAACUGCUAAUAGUCUGAUGGUACAAGUGAUGAAAUCAAAAGGGAACAGAUGGAGAAGUUAGUGAGAGAAGAGUUAGAAAGGUGGGAUUCUGAAACUUCGGUAGGUGCCACAAGUGCUCGUGGAGCAUCACCUGGAGGUGGAAGUGGUCACAGUGGUCUUCGUCCUAGAUCUAGAGCCGAAUCUGCAUUGAACGGGGUAUGUUGCUUCACAUUUUUUUGUCUGUAAAGUUUAGAAAUAAAUGUGUGAUGGUUUAUAGAUAGAAAUUCUGCUUCAAAUGCUGUCAUAUGCUUUUGUGCUUUUAUAUUGUUUCUCUGUCAUGAGUAUAUCAUGUUAUACUCAAGUACUGUAGUUUUAUCUAUUUGUAAACAUAUCAAUGACAUAAUGUUUUAUUCAUGUUGCAUUAAGAAUAUUAAAUUCCUUUUAUGUGUAUUUCUAAAACCAUACAUUGCAGUCCUCAGAUGUAUAGAGGGUAAAUUUCUCUAAGCAUGUCUUCUACAAUAUGCUUUAUUUUUUCUUACAAUAGUGCCUUUUAAGCUUCUAAUUCUAAUGGAGCCUUAUGUUAUGACUUAAUGACAAGUGCCUUAGACAUGGCAGUUGAAAGUAUUUUCAAAUAAUUGAGACCAAUUCUAUGUAAAUCCUUCAUUAAGACAGAUAGAAUUUUACCAUCUAAUUCUUUUUUUCUUAGACAAUUAUUAUUGGAAGAUAUCUCUAAAAACCAGAUGUUUUUUAAAUUACAUCUUCAAAAAAGACCCAAAAAUAAGUAUAUAAAAAUAUUCACAAAAAAGUGACUUCUAUUUAAUUGAGUUGGCCCAUUAUACCUUAUUUUUUAUCACGAAUAUGAUAUAAAUUUGUUCACAAUGUCACUGGUUUUGCUAUCAUUUGCAUGGAUUUGUGAAAUGUUUUUUCUGCUAUAUCUUGAGGGCCCAUGAUCAAUGUAUUGAUCUUUCUGGCUCCUGUGUAUGUUGAGGGGGUUCCCAAUGUUUCUGUGCAUGGCGUAUUGUAGAGGAUACUUCAUUGGUUGCAAAGGCUACUCUGCGAGGGUAUCAGGAACUGGGGGUUGGAAGGCAGGAGGCAAUAGACGCAAAUAUGUCUAGUGUUGUUGCUUCAACUGUUCCUUUUGGAAGCUUGUUCCAGACACUGAUUGUCCUUGUCAGGAAUGAGCAGUUCCUCUACUAUGUUCUUGCUGUUAUGAGUUGGAACUGCCUAUCACAUCCUUGUCGCUGUCUAGGGGGGAGAGGGACAAGUUUCUGUUAAAUGCUGGAGCAGUGGACUGGCCCAUUUUUAUCUUGAACAUCAGGGAGAGGUUGGCUAAUCGUCGCCUUCUUCCUCUGGUGACCAUCCCAGUGUUUCCAGCAUGCUGCCACCAGUUGAGGUUUUCAGAAUGGAUCCCAGACUGAAGAUGCGUAAUCUAAUAGCGGCAGGACAAAGGCUAAAUUGUUUUUUCUUUCACACUGGAGUUGCCAAUCCUUAGAUUUCGCCUCAGGAACCCUAGAGCAGGGGUCGGCAACCUGAUGUCAAGAUGCGGCUCUCCAGUUUCUAUCGCAAAUAUUAAUAAUUAUAAAAUAUAUGGCUCUUUAAAAACCGGGAAAUUUUGUAAAUUGUAACUUUUGGCUAUUCCGUCUCAAAAGGUUGCCGACCCCUGCCCUAGGGUCUUGUUUGCCUGGCUGCACCCAUUGUUAAUAUGCUUGCCCCAGCGGACCUCUCUUUGAUUAGUAACACCAAGGUACCUUACCGAGGAAACUGGCUCAAGCAUAUGGCCAUGCAGUUCGUAAGGGUGGCGUAGAGGGGUUCUACUUCUGGAGACUGACAGGGUCUUGCACUUGGCAGGAUGAAAUUCCAUGUCCCAGCUCAUCUCCGACUCAGCUAACUGAUGGAGAUCCUGUCGUACUUGGUCCUGGUUAGAGCUGUUGGCGAUCGUCCUGGUACACCGCCGUGUUGUCUGCGUACAGUCUUGCUUGGGAGGUCAACUUCUCUGGCAAAUCAUUCAACUUCUCUGGUAAAUCAUUGAUGUAUCCUAGGAACAAACAGGGGCCUAGCACCAAUUCAUGGGGGACCCCUGACUUAACACUGACAUUCUAAUUGUGAUUGAGUUUUAUUUAUUAGAAAUAAUGUUUAGUAUCUAGUGGACUUAUCAAGAAAACAUAAAAUAAAUUUCUACAUUUACAAAUAUAUUUAAUUUUAAUAACUUUUCUACAUUAAAUUUGCUUUAGGAGAUUAAAAAAGAAAAAAUUAUAACAAAUUUCUCAUGAAAAUUUGAAUAUUUAUAUAUUUUCUUUUUUUAAAGUAAAAAAAAAAAUUUACUAUACCUUGACUUUUAUUCAAUUUAAAUCGUUAGAAAGAAGUAAGACAUUUUCAGUGUGUAUUUACCAUGCCUAAAAAGAGAGUAAAAAUAUUUUUAAAAUUUCAGUUUUUUUGCUUUUUUAAUAAAUUGUUAAAUUAUUAUUUUUUUUGUGUAGAAAGUUCCAUAUUUUUUAUUUUAUCACCUCCCCCCCCCCCCCCUUUUUUUUUUAUUAUAUACUUUUUAUUUUUUUUUUUUUUUUUUUUUUCCCCCUUUUUUUUUUAAUAAAAAAGUGUAACUUUUUUUAGUUUGUGCUUUUUAAAAGAUUUCUUUUAAAAUCUAUUUGAAUGCUUCAACUUAAAGAAUUACAUUUUUUAUUUUUACAAAUAUCCUUCUAAAGUAAUUGCAAAAAAUAUUUCAUUAUAAUUAUUGUUUAUUUUAAAUCUCUGAGAAAGGCGUUGCUUGAAAAAUUCAAAACCUAGGUUGCAUGAGUGUCAUAUUAAAAAAAUAUUGGCUAAGUGUUUAUGAUUAGUUAAGAAAGUUAAAUUCUAUAAUCCAAAAUUAAUUACUCUUAAUUGUUGACAGAUUGGAUAAAUGUAGAUCUUUAUGUUUUAUGUAAUCCAUUAAGAAGUUUAUGCUUAAUUGAUGAAUAUUCAUGCAAUGAUUAUUUUAUUUAUCUGUAAAGGCAAAACCCUGUUUGAAGUAUAAACAAAAAUCUGAGGAAAAAAGUAUAGCUUUUCAAUAUAGUUUUUUAUUUUUCAAAGUAAAAGUUAAUAUACUGACAAUUUCUAUUUGCAUGCUUUGAAUUUAAAGUUUUUCUCAAUUUUCAAAUAUACUGACACUUUCUAUUUGCAUGCUUUGAAUUAAAAAAAUUUCACAAUUUUUAUUUGUUGAUUUACUUACAAAGUUUUAUUUUUUCAAGGACCUUUUUAUAAUGUAAUUAUUUUAAAGAUUUUAAAAAAUAGCUUAAUAAGUUCUAUGGCAACAAACUUAGCACCUAUUAUGAGAAAUUUGAAUGGUUCAUUUUAGUAGUUUGAUGCUCAAUGUGUCCUGUUUUGGGGAUAUACUUUCAUUUUGAUAGUGUCUUCUGUGGUGAUGAUGGUUCUUUUGGGCAUUGAAAUGUACCUCUUGCAAAGUCCUUGCUGUGACCAUGAGUAUGCUUUGCUUAGUUUGAAUUCAUGUAACACUUUAAAAAUAUUUUUUUUCUUCUCGUCACCAGCUCUGUGCUCAUUUAAAAAUACCAUGUAAAUUUCGAACAUUAAUCCUGCUCUAAACUCUAUUGUGUCAAUAAGGUCUCUCAAAUAUGAUUGAAAAGAUGUAAAAUUUGAUAAAGAUUAUUGUGUUUAUGAUACUUGAAACAAUUUUACUAUUUUAAAAAUGUAUAGUUAAGGAUAUAAAUUUCAAUAAAGACUUUAAAAAAUUUUAAAAAUAAAAAUUAUACAAUUUUUGUUUUAAAUGACUUGUGCUUAACUGACAAAUUCAUCUAUUAGAUUCAAUCAUUUUAAUCAUUCAGAGAUGAUUUUUUUUAUUUCAGGAUCCAGGGGAACACCAUAUGACCUCAAGCUUGUAGAAAAUGAUCCACAAGCAGUAUAAAGAUCAUAUCCCAAGACCAAGAAUUUUGUACCCACCAUUCCAAUUCUAUGGUGAAUCUCAUUUGUUAAAUUUACCGUAAUUAGUUCUUUAGAGGGCUUUCUUUAGUAACCAAUUUUACUUUCUUUAGAUUUUUGUUAAGAUUGAAGUUAAACAUAUGUGUCAACUUGCGAUGAGGGUAAAACCACCCACCAGAAAUGAAUCUUGAAAAAUAUGUUAACAAAAAGAUAUCUCAUUUAUGUUAUAAAUAACUCAAAAUUUAAGAGAAUGCUAAAAAUUGUCUCAAUUCUUUUUUAACCUGGGCUUUUAUGUAAAACCUAAGCUUGUUAGAAUACAAAUACAAGGUCUCAGAAUAGCUAUUGAAAUGGAUAUAGUCCUUGACUCAAAAUUAUUGAAAUGAAUAGUUAUUUAUCUUAUUUUGAAUAAAUAAGUGGCAACUGACAUGAACUUGAAUAAGUCAAGGACAUACUCUUAUCUAAAAAUUAACGAAUAUGCCAAAAAUUAUUUUUAUUUAUUUUCAAAAAAUUGUUGGUCAAUUAAAUCUGUGAUAAUAACUUUUCGCAAAGGUUUGAAAUCUCACUGUUCUUCACAUUUUCAUUGUCUGGCUUAAAAAUUGAAGACUCUUGUGUUACAUACUAAAUAACAAACCUCACUUAAAAUGAGGUGCCAACUGAUGACAUAGUCAUAUACUGUUUAUUUGUUCAACUAUCCGUCCUAUCACUAUACUGGUAGUUUUGUCAUUUAUACAAAAAGUUUGUAUUAUUUAUUAUUUAUGUUGAAUUUUACAAUAUAACCUUAACUCUACUUUAUUAAACAAAAAUUAUUUGUCCGUCCAAUGCUCUAUCCUAUAGCCUGUUAUAUAAUGUUUACACAUUUUUAGGCUGUGGGUUGGGCCAAACAUUGUUCAAUAAUUUUUCUUUGUCUUUAAAAUGUUUAAAAAAGAGAAAUAAUAAAGAUAUGUUUAAUCAGAGAUAGUUUUGAUAGAUUUACCCAAACCAAAUCCCUUCCUCACUAGUCAUAUAGAUAAGAAAAAAAUUAAAUUAACACAAUUUUAAAUGAAGAUGAAUAAUUUAUGUUCUUUAAUGCACUCAAUUGAUCAAUUUUUUUUCUUUCUAUGCUUCAAUUAUGAGGAUUAAACUUUGCAGAGAAUAUAUAUAUAUAUAUGGUGUCCAGAUUUGAUAUGUUUUCAAAUUUCAAUCAGUUUUUCUUGAUUACUUCACUUAAUCUGCAAAAAUAAGCACUCUUUUAAAAAAGAUUUUAUAAACAUACUUAAAAUCAUUAGAGAAUCCUGCAUGUGAUAAACAAGUACAAUAUAUGAUCAAAUUUUCUCAAACUGCUAAACCAUUUACAAAUCAGAAAUCUUCUAUCAAGUAUAAUAUAUUGAGGGACUGUGUUCAAACCAUGUGUAGUAAAUAGUGGAGUAAGAUAUGUUUAGGCUUGAAAAGAAAAUUAAGCAGAUGUUUUGACUAUAAGCCUUAUUCAGCAGACAAUAUAAAACAAGAGACAACAGAUACCCGUACUUGAAAUUAAAAAUAGGAAUAAAAACUUAUGUUUUAAAAUUUCUUAAAAAUGUCUAUGUAGCUCAACGUUUAUAACAGGAAGAGCUCUAUGUUAUUCAUAUCUUGUUCCACUUUUUAUUUUAUUUGAAGUACUUAUUAAAAAAAAAGGGUGACAUCUACAUUUUUUUCCAACUAAAAUGAAUUUAAGUAAUUUAUUUUAACCUUAUCUCGCUGUAUUUUCUUCUUAAAUUUAUCAACUGAAACUACUUGUUAACUUUUAAAAAACAUUAUGAUUUCCAUCAGCUGAAAUCAAAGAUAAAUUUGGAAAUAUUUGUAUUGAGUGUGUAUAAAGAAUUCAAUGCCUACUAGUCUACAUCUUUACUAAAAAUCUUGUACAUGUAAUUAUAAAACAACUAACAAAAGUUUAUACUUGUCCAAACUAUGAACUGUUAUUUAGUCAUUGAUGUUGUUAUUUUUGUUUCCAAUAAAAGUGUGCUGCAUUCUGG